AUGCACACGUAUAUCUACGCCGUUUCUGACUGCUAUCAGGCCGUGUUUAGAUCUCUAGUGUCUACACAGUUCUGGCGAACAUCCGCGGCUGGGCUUGGCCUUCUCGUCACGGGAAAGGGAUACCCUGAUUUGUUGACUUGGUCAUUUCUUCAUAUCAUUCAGCGAAGUAACCCGAAUGUUCCAAUCUUAGUCCUCGUGGACUACGAUCCUGAUGGCGUCAACAUUCUGAGGUGUUAUCGAUGGGGCCUUUCGCGACUACCGUCACCGAAAUAUCUCAAAGCGCACUGGAUCGGGAUCAAGACGAGACAUAUCCUCGGGUCUCAUAAUUCACAACCAGUGCAAUCAUCUCUUGAACGAAUAACUCAUCAGGAGCAAGCACAUUCUUCUCGAGGUGGUGAUUCUGUAGGCGACUCGAUCUCAUCCACCUCCUGCAGAGAACCCAGUGCCCAACUCUCGGUCAGAGAUCGACAACUGGUACGUGGGACACUGAGAAGGAUACAAUCGAUUGUUACAACCGAUGAUUCAAGCCAGGAAGUUGCCGAAAUGAGAUACGAACUCCAAAAGAUGCUGAUGUUGGGGGUCAAGGCCGAAAUUCAGUGGCUUGAUGACGGGGGGAGUCUCACAGGUUGGUUGGAGCGAGAGAUUAUCCUUUGCCUCGGACCUGAAUGA